AUGACAAUUGAUCUAAAUAAAAUAUCGACGACGACUACUCCAUUUGCACUUAUCGAAGAAUACAGUGCUAUUAAAACUGAAAAAGAAAUUCUCUUUUCAAUGCAUACUGUUUUUCGUGUCGAUGAUAUCAAACAAUCAGUUAGCAAUAGUCGUCUUUGGGAAGUUCAAUUGAGUCUCACCAGCGACAAUGAUCCACAAUUGGCUGCUCUUACUAAUCACAUACGAGAGGAUGCUCAAGGAUCCACCGGAUGGCAUCGCCUGGGGCAUUUGAUGAUCAAAGUGGGUCACUACAACCAAGCUGAAGAACUCUACAAUGAAUUACUCAAAAAAGCUUCCAGUGACAGUGAUAGAGCACUUAUUUAUCCCCAGCUUGGAAUUUUGAAAUUACAACAAGGAAAAUAUAACGAAGCAGUCUCAUUUUAUGAAAAGUCACUCGAAAUCAAGAGAAAAGCUUUUCCAGAAGAUCAUUCUUUCUUGGCAAAGGCCUGCAAUAACAUUGGUUUUGCGUAUAAGAGCAUGGGUGACUACUCGAAAGCACUUGAAUUUUACGAAAAAGCACAUAAAAUACUCGAAAAAGCUCUGCCUCCAAAUCAUCUCUCAUUGGCUACUCUCUACAGCAACAUCGGUGUAGUGUAUAAAAACUUGGGUGACUACUCGAAAGCACUUGAAUCUUACGAAAGAGCACAUAAAAUCUACGAAAAAGCUCUACCUCCGAAUCAUCCUGAAUUGGCUGCUUCCUACAGCAACAUCGGUGAAGUGUAUCGCAUCAUGAGUGACUACUCGAAAGCACUUGAAUUUUACGAAAAAACACAUAAAAUGUACGAAAAAGCUCUGCCUCCGAAUCAUCCCGAUUUGGCUUCUUCCUAUAACAACAUCGGUUUGGUGUAUGAUGAUAUGGGUGACUAUUCAAAAGCACUUGAAUUUUACGAAAAAGCACAUAAAACCUAUGAAAAAGCUCUGCCUCCGAAUCAUCCCAAUUUGGCUACUUCACACAACAACAUCGGCGGAGUGUAUAACAGCAUGGGUGACCACUCGAAAGCACUUGAGUUUUACGAAAAAGCACAUAAAAUCCUUGAAAAAGCUCUGCCUCCGAAUCAUCCCAAUUUGGCUACUUCCUACAACAACAUCGGUGAAGUGUAUGAUGACAUGGGUGCCUACUCGAAAGCACUUGAAUUUUACGAAAAAUCAUAUAAAAUAAAAGAAAAAGCUCUGCCUUCGAAUCAUCCCUCACUGGCUACUUCCUACAGCAACAUCGGUCUCGUGUAUAAGAGCAUGGGUGACUACUCAAAAGCACUUGAAUUCUAUAUAAAAGCACUUAAAAUAAGAGAAAAAGCCCUGCCUCCGAACCAUCCCUCACUGGCCACUUCCUACAACAACAUCGGAAUGGCGUAUCUCGGCAAAGGAGAUUACUCAAAAGCACUCUCAUUCUUAGAAAAGGCACUUGUUAUCUUCCAAAAAUCACUCCGACCUAAUCAUCCUGAUAUUAAAACAGUCACAAACACAAUUGACUAUGUAAAAAAGAAAAUGUAA